ACCCGCUGCUCGGUGUUUUCGUCGCAGAAUGGAAGCGAGCUUCAGCUGGUGCAGGGUAAGCUGCUCCACUUGCCGGAUACUGAGCGGGUUUUAUUUCGAGUGUGGAACAGCGGUCACAGCGAGAACUUGUACGCGGCUGCUCAUCUUAUAGCACCCCCGUAUGGAUGAUGAGGAGGAUGAUGUGUUUGAGCCAGACCUCCGCUGCUGGCGCACCGCAUUCAGGGAAAUAAAGUGUGAAGAGCGCAGCACACAAACACCUGGCCCGGCUCUGUCGCUGACCAACGGCAUGCUGCCCUGUGGCAUCUCAGAGGAGCCCAUAUCUCUGUUCUACGGCAGUGCAGGAUUUCUGUUGCACUUGCCAGCACACUUCGAGCUUGUUCGGGGUCCGGACGCCAGGCGACUGGAAAGCCCAGAGCAGGAAAACAGGAUGGAGCAGCGGCACCUCCAGCAACCUGCGGCCCACAGCGUGGAGGCCUGCAUUGGUCAAAAACUCCAGCUGAUUGGAGACCAGCUCCACCGGGAACACCUACAACGGUACCACCAAAACCAAAGGAACAGGGGCCCGCUGUGGUGGCGCCUGGCGGUUGCUCUGCUCGGCAUUCUGUUGGACAGGGGCUUCAUAGCUGGAGGGGGUGCUGCUGGGCGGAGGUGAGGAUUUUCUUCCUGCAUCCUUUUGGUUCAUCACUCAGAGGAACUGAGCUCCUAAUGGCACUGUCAAAUCUAACACGGGUCUGUUUUUGGAAAAGAAAUGAGACUAAAGGUCACCGCGGGACGGAGACAACUUUUAUACAAGGACUAAUUUUUUUUUUGUUUUCUGUUGGGGUUUUUUCCUAGAAGAUGCCAUGAUCCUCUGAGAUUCCUCCACAGGACAACUCUCUUAUUUUGAUACAGGAGUGCUGUCAUGUGUUUGUAUAAUACAUAGUUGUUUUUAAAGUUUUGUUUGUUUUUUUUUGCACUUCCACACGUGUUUAUCUUUGAUGACUUCAGCAUACCCUGGCUACGCCUUAAUUCAUGCAGACUUUACAGGCAACACAAAGUCAAAGGGUUUUCUUUUCCAACGUUUCCUGGUUAACUUGUCAAGUUAACGGAUUAGUGAUUUCCAAAGAGGCAACUUGUCAGAACAAAUCACUUUGCACCUCAUGUUUGCCUUGUGUUUUGUUUUCCCUUCUUCCUGGGUUGGAAUUUCGAUAUAGCCCCUCGAUGUUUCUGCAAAUAAUCAAAGAAGGGUCACACACUGGGUCCUACUCUGAUUACACACGAGCAAUUACCUUUAUGAAUUUAUAGUUUAACAGACAGAAAAUUGAUUUUUUUUCUAUUGUUUUUUUGAAUUAUUUGUGUAAUUUGAGGCUUUGGGUGAUAAUUCCAAUUGUUGGUUCAGUGGUGUUAAUUAUGAAAAUGAAUAACUAAAAUCUCAGUGUAAGUGUUUGAGUGAGGGAGGGACAGAACGGCUUCAAACCAGCAACUCCAGUCAUCACCAGUUGGUGGCACUGUGAUCCUCACCUGGGUGAAAGUAGUGAUUUGGAAGUUUAUCGUAGAGUGAAAAAAACACUUGAAGUAGACUGCCAAAAAUCGUGAAUAUAAAGGUAGCAGGUCCCCUUGUUUGUGUACUCUGAAAUAUUGAUGGAGAGAUGUUCAAAUUAGGAGGGUUUUCGCAUUUAUACAGGCUCAUUUUGAUGGGCUCAGUCAAAACACCAGUUCAGACCUCGAGGGGGUAAGUUGCUGCAUCAGUUGUUUGUAUGAAAUCCUACUGAAAUUACUUUAAAAAUGUGACUCUGUACCUUUUGUGUGGUUCGACAUCUGUCAAAGUUCAACAUCUGCAGAUAGACUUCUUGAGUCUUCGGUUGUUUGUUGUCCAUUUUGUAGUUGCUGAACUGGACUAUUGAGAAGAUCUUCCAAAUGUUUUCCUGAAGAGUGAACAUUGAUCGACUUGUAGGUCCAACUCAUUACUGUCGCCUUUAGUUGAUGUUCUGAUGUUCCUUCACCGUUUUUGUUGUUUGUUUGUUUUCAGACCUGUGUGCCCUUUAAAGUGGAACUGUGGAUCCACUGUUUUUGCACUAGAAUUCAUCCUUCAAGAGUUCAACCUCUGUCUGUUAUGAAGGUUUUCUUGUUACAAAAAAAAACAACGCUGGUGCCAUCAGGCAUCUUCAACACCACAUGUCCCACUCCAUCACUGCUCCUUGAGAAAGAGGCGGGGCUGACAAGUGGUGACGUUUUGAACCGUACAGCUGACUGUGAACCACAUAAGUCUGUUUGUGGGACAGUUUACUGGUACAAGAAUCAUCCACAGAUUGGUGGCUGAGACUUGCACUGUGACUGGUGUCUUGCUGCAGUUACUGUGAUUGAUACAUGGGACCAGUGUAGCAUUUACUGGUGCUGGAUAAGACAUACAACUUGAGCUUUGAGCUUGGCAAAUCAGCCUAGCUAUGACCAUCAUUUACUUUCGCAUCAUCUCAGCACAGACAUUUGAAAUGUCAUCUGAUUGUUUGUUACAGUUACACAAACGAGAUGAGCACAUAAAAUUGUGACUUAUCCAGCACUGACAAAUGCUGCACUGUCCGUGUGUAUUCAUCAUUAAACUUGAGGUUCCACAGUAUAAGUUGCAA